AUGCACGAUUCGCCGUACGUGGAACGUGCGAAUAUCAACCCGAUCGAACGAUACAUUCCUUUGCAGGAGCCGCUUCAUGAGUUUGGCAGCUGGAUUCUCUCCGCGCUUCCGAAAUAUAUUCAGCAAUACAGCGUGUACAAGGACGAGGUGACGUUUUUCGUCGCACCGUCUGCUGUGAUCCCCGUCAUGACCUUUUUGCGCGAUCAUUCUGCGACGCAGUUCAAGGCUUUGAUGGAUAUUUCCGGCGCUGAUUACCCUUCUCGGUCGCUGCGUUUUGAGGUUGUUUACCACCUCUUGAGCGUGCGCAACAAUGCACGCAUUCGUGUUAAGACAUAUGCUGAUGAGCUUACACCCGUUCCCAGUGUCACUGGCCUCUUUCGCAGCGCUGACUGGUUCGAGCGCGAGGCAUGGGAUAUGUAUGGCAUCUUUUUCGUUGGCCACCCUGAUCUCCGGCGCAUUCUGACCGACUACGGUUUUGAGGGUCACCCUAUGCGCAAAGACUUCCCUCUCACGGGCUACUCAGAAGUCCGCUGGGACGAGGAGAAGAAGCGCGUGGUACAUGAGCCUGUCCAGCUUACACAGGCGCACCGCAACUUUGAGACGAGUUCACCUUGGGAGCAAGUCGGCCCUGGCCGUGACUAUACGCCUAACAACUACAAGCUUGUUCCGCCCAAACCUGAGGAGGAUGAAGACAAGAACAAAAAAUAG